CCACUCCGCUUGGAGCAGCUUGUGUCCGCGUAGUGAAUUGUAUUGUGCUCAAGUGUGCUUCUUGAUCAGUGAAUUUUGGUUUCCGUUAACAUUGCGGUUUAAUUGUAAACAGGAAAACACUCGGUUUUCGCUUUGAAAUGUUACCAACCCCCGGUAUUUUGAAUAGCAGCUUGUUUCUAUGCUUUUUGUUACUGUAUUUCUUGCAAGUGGACUCCAUACACACCGAAGAGGGUUUGGAGCUCUUAUUUCGGGAAAGAUCACAAUCGGAUUGGGAAAAUGUCUGGCAUCAGGAGACACAUUCACGAUGUCGCGACAAAUUGAUACGUCAACUGUUCUGGGCCUGUGAGAAGGACAUUUAUCGACUGACAAGACGCAAUCGCAAACGUACGGACGAUGAAGCAAUGCAUAAAAGGAGCAAACCCAUCGCACGUACCUGGCUGAAAUUGGAUUAUGUGAACACGCUGUUGCGCACACGACGCGCCGAUGCGCCCUCGAUUACAAAUGAGUGUUGCACUAAGGUCGGCUGCACCUGGGAGGAAUAUGCCGAGUAUUGCCCCUCGAACAAGCGUCGCAAUCACUACUGAGAUGAGGAGGAGACCAAGGCGCGUGGCAAAGUGGGUUAAUGAAUAAGGAAAAAUGAGACUUAAGAUAUGCAACAUCAGGAAGAAUAGGUUCAACCCGAAUAAUGAAGAUGAUCAUAUACAUAUGUAUUUGGUUAAAACAAGCUAUUUUCAA